GUAAGAGUCGCCGCAUCACUUCCCUCAAGACGAGGAUGACAGUAUGAUGCAUCUGAGCCAGGAGGUCGGCGAAUUGUCGCUAUCACCCGGCCCCCAAGACGAAGUGCGCGCGUUCGGCGAGGUUUCGAGGUUUGUCGCGGACGGGAAGGCGCGCGCCGCGGGGUUCCUGGCGGCGAUGUUCAGCGCGUGGGCGGCAAACCAGUUCGUGACCUUUUGGAUGGACGCCAUGGGCGCGGCGAUGAUGUUGGGGGCCAGGUUCCUCGCGAUCGUCGAGACGGAGCGCGGGAACCUGCGGCCCGAGAUGGCUGCCCUCAGCAUUACGUACGCCGCCGAGUUCGCUGAGCUGCUCAUGUGGAGCGUGCGCCAGUGGACCGAGCUCGAAGUCGCCAUGGUCGCCGUGGAACGCGUUCUCGACUACACCGCUCUCCCCUCAGAAACCUGGGACGGCCGCCCGAGAAUCCCUCUUCCGGCCACAGUACAGUCUUUGGAAACUGGCGUACCGGGCGCGCGGUUUGUACCGGGCGCUCAGCCGCCCGCCACGUGGCCCGAGCACGGCCGGUUGGAGUUCCAGGACGUGUGGCUGGUGUACGAGGUGCGCGCCAAGGGAGCGGUGAAAGCAACCGGGGGGCAGAAAGUGCCCGGCAGAACGAGAGACGGGGACGGAGAGAAGCCCGGGAAGGCGGCGCUGCGGGGAGUGACAUUUGCGGCGCUCGCGGUGGUGCCUCAGGAGCCGGUGCUCUUCUCCGGGAGCCUGCGCAGCAAUCUGGACCCCCGGGGGGUGCGCCUCGACCGCGAAACCUGGGCGGCGCUCGAGGCCCUUGCGCUGAGGAAGACGGUCGCCGCGAAAGAGAAGAAGCUGGAGGAGGAGGCGGGCGGGGCGCUGUCGCUCGGGGAGCGGCAGCUGCUGUGCGUGGCGUGUGCCCUGCUCCAGUCAGCGACGGCGCUGGCGAACCUGGAGGGAGAGGAGAGUGGCGGGGGGACCCCCCGGGCGUUUGAGGGCGCCCCGGGCGGUGGGUUCUACCUCGGGACGGUGUUGUACAUUGCGCAUAAGCUGAGCACGGUGUUGCAGUGUGACCGGGUGAUUGUGUUGGACCAGGGGCGGAUUGUGGAGAUGGACAGUCCGGCGGUGUUGAUGGCCAGAGAGGGGAGCCGGUUUGCGGCGAUGGUAGAGACGGUGGGUUAAGCGAUGGCGCUUGCAAAGCAGGUUAAGAGAUCAAUGAGACCAAACACGGUAAACGUCAAGGCUCACGGAGUCACAAGCUUGCAGACGCCCGCUAAGUGCAGGGCCAUCGAGUUACAUGUUGCUUUAUUAUGUCCGGCUAGAGACUACAGUACGUGGUCAACCAAGUGGUACGCAUUGUAAAUUCUACAAUAAGCUGCAUGUUUCCGUCUAACUCGAGAAUUCAAUAGCUAAGUCUAACGCUAGCAUAUCAUAGUAUACUACGAUUGUGCGUGGUCUCAAAUUGGAUUUUGUAGUUUUUGAUUCGAACACCGGGUGGUCCGACGAGCCUCGGGCCGGCCACGCUUUUCGAGUUCAGCCAGUCAACUAGUGCAACCAUACACUUUCCGGGCGUCUGCUGGCGCUAUCCAC